AUGGCCUCUGGCGAAGGAGAAAUGCCAUCACCAGCAACGAAACGGCCUAGGGCACGAGCUGCCUGCGAUGAGUGCCGGCGCCGCAAGUUACGGUGCGACGGUCGGCAGCCACAAUGCAGUAUUUGUCAUGAAUCGGGUUUAAUUUGCGAGACCACUGAGCGCGGAUCUCGCGGUCCUAAGAAGGGUUACAUUAAAGCCCUGAAAGAUCGAGUCGUAUAUCUCGAGAACUUGUUGGAGAACCGCUUGGAUGGCCAGCCGGAACCUAGUCAGCAUCACGAUGGCACAGAAAGCCGAGAUGAAGAUUUACCCACGCCACCUGUUGAUAUUCCAGAUCCGAUCAUCACGACUGAUGCUCAGGACUGGAUGUCCGCGGCUGUUGCGUCUAUCUCGGAGCCUGAUAUGCUUUUACCAAAUGAUCUUCCUGAUCUCGGGCUGCUUUCUGAUUCGUUGGCUCCUCCUGUUUCGUUCAGCAUUACCGGCGCUAUACAAUCAGAAUUGGACCAGCUCUAUUUUGAUCGCGUGCACGCUUCAAUCCCAAUUCUGCACCAGCGCAGGUACUUGUCAUGGGCCACAUCUCCGAUCAAGACUGCUUCCUGUAAAAGUCUUCAGCUAGUCAUGUGGACAAUGGCUACACUUAUGUCGGCACAAUUCAGAGACUUGACUGAGCCCCUUUACCAUGAAGCCAAACAGACAUUGAAAACGCUUGACACUGGUGAUGUUGAUGGGCAUGAGACGGAGCUGGUACAAGCAUGGGUUCUUAUUGCAAUGUGUGAGUCUAUGCGGACUCAGCACCGUCAAGCGUGGAUGAGCGCUGGUCAAGCAUUUCGGAUACUACAAGGCAAACGCUUUCACGAACUUGAUAGCCCGAAGAAGAACACUCAAUCCAUGGAGGAUGACCCAAUACAUGUUGAAGAGAAGAGACGAGUGUUUUGGAUGGCCUAUUUUCUGGAUCAUCUUCUCAGCAUACGCAAUGACUGGCCUAUCACACUGAAUGAGCAUGUGAUAUGUACCCGAUUGCCAUCUCCUGACCAGCAAUUCCAAAAUGGUCAACCCAUUCUAGGCGAAUUUCUAUCCGAAGUCAUGACAGAAUCUAGCAUAACAGUGCAAUCCCCUUUCAACGAAUGUCUUAUCCUACUAACCAUCUGCGGCCGCAGUCUCCUCCAAGGCCAACAACUAAAGAUUUCCACAGUAUACGGCCAUACGGCAUCUGGCGACCUGAAACAGUGUCAUUGGCUUGACGAGCUCCUCACAACUCGACUACAAAUUCUAGCCCAAUUCUACCCGUCUCCAAACGAGGCAUAUGAUCCGUUACUGUGGUUCGCCAACAUAUUAAGUCACACGGCAUUUGUAUAUUGCUGCAACAGCCUAAUGCAAACACUUGAGGCGUCUGGUGGAACAGAAGACAAUGCAGCUUAUAUGGGAUAUCAAAGUCGGGCGUUGACUGCUGUUGAGGCUAUUGUUGGCCUUUCCCAGAUGCUACCUAAUUUGCAUUUCUCGAAGGUUCACCCGCUCAUGCCGCUGCCGCUAUUUAUGGUGGCCGAGUUUCUUUAUGAUAAUGUUGGGGACAACCCAGCUUUUGAGUUAUAUCUGCAGGAGCUGGUUACUGUCGCCGAGAAGCUUAAGAAUGUGAAUAAUCUUGAGCAAAGCUACAUGGAUCUAAUGCCGCAGUCGUGUAUCUCUAAGACAACAGAGUUGCUGAAUAGCCAUGUUGGGAGAGCUUAA